GUCUCACCCAUGAAACAAAGCUUGCAAAUCGGCGCGUUAACACUGAUAUAUAAGAUACUCGAAGUGGACAACAAUGUAGUGCUGCGACACGCCGCUAUAAAAACAGCUUCCAACGAUUGAUGGAACCGAAUUUGUAGGAAUGAGUCAAAUCAGUUCAAAAAGCGCAUGCAUGUGGCGCAGUUAAGAUUUUUCAGAGGUAAAACACGAUUAAUUGAACAGGAGCGAAAUUMAUCGCCUCCCUCUCUUCAAAUACACAAAGACUGGUUCGUUAGCAAGYUUACAGCGUACAGACACUUCAUUCAUAAUGUUGAGGUAAAAGUGCUUGUCUCUACCAAUGGAACUGAAGCAGGUGUCACGAAGCUGAUUUUGACCGAGGAGUAUCUUGAGCUCUUGUUUCAUUCGCUGAUGGACGCCACCUAAUUGCCAAUUUAAAAUUGUGACAGUUUUCCCUGCCAUCGUGACAGUAUAAAGGUCUAUUUGAUCACUACACGCUAAGCUAUCGAACAAGUCGAGACUCAACCAAGUAUGGCUCCGAGUUUUGCAUCAAUUCUUCACAUUUUCCUUCUAGGGAUGCUGAUUGUUCUUAUUAUAACCGGUAACCUUUUGGUGAUUAUCGCUUAUAAGACAAACCAAAGAUUACGAACUGCUACGUACAGGUUUCUUGUGAGCCUUGCCGUUUCAGAUUUCUUAGUCGGCAGCGUAUCGCUACCACUGUGGACCUACUACCUCAAAUAUUAUCCAGAAAAUGGCAUGGAUGAAACUUUGUCAAUAUUCUAYGCUUGUUUUGAUAUCUUUAGUGCAAUGGCCUCAAUAUUUCAUCUCACUGCGGUAACCUUAGAGAGAUGGRUAGCAAUUUGUAAACCAUUCUACUACAACACAUUGACUAAACGCUCGUAUCAUACGGCCAUCUUAAUGGCUUGGUUGAUGGCUCUUGUUGUUGCUGCCCUAUGGCCUGGWUAUUAUAUACAUGAAGAGACGGAUCGCAGUACGGGUUAUAAAAUCUACACAGUUGUUAUAUUUUUAGUAGGGCUCGUAAUUCCAGCGAUCUUGAUUACAUUUGUCAACCUGAGGAUUUUCCAAGUCGUCAAGUCUAUUGUCAAAAGUUCACGACAACAGAUUGAGCAAACAUCGGAUCAUCAUGUCAUUCAAAGAAACAUCAGCAAAGAUAGAAAAACGGCUAUAACACUAAUUGUGAUAACAUCAUUAUUUUUCCUUUCAUGGACACCGUUUUUUCUUACAAAUCUUAUUCCUGUUUACUGUCUUCAGUGCUACAAACCACUGCUGGGGAACUUUGCGUUUGUGGCGUCAGUGAAGUGGUUACAUUACAGUAGCAGUGCUUACAAUCCCCUUGUGUAUGCGUUCCGUGAUCAUGAGAUGCGAAAUACAUUCUCUCGACUGUUUAAACGGUGCUGUGAGACCUUAAAAAUAAGAAGGAAAACUGUCUCUGAAGAAGACUUUUCGCUAAACACAGACUUCAUGUCAAGGGCAAAUAAAAAAAAUAUCGGAAGGGGAAAAACAAUGACAACUAUGGAAAUACCGAGUUCGCCGCGGAUACUCUUUCUUACUUCGUGUGCACUUGCUUGGUGGCUUUUGAUGGAUGUCGGAGGACAUUUCAGGAUUGCAUUUUCGGUAUUUUUAAUCGUACUWAUACUUGUAGGCAAUGGCCUCGUUAUUGUGUCAUAUCACUUUAAUUCCCGAGUUAGAACAGUGACAUACCUCUUGAUAGUGAGCUUGGCAGUUGCUGAUGCUCUGGUUGGUGCAGUAACUCUACCUUUAUGGAUCUAUACCGCCACGAUCAAGAAAUGGAAGAUUAGUAAAGCUUUGGAAGUGUUUUACUUAUCAUUCGACAUCUUUACUGCUCUUGCGUCGACCUUGCAUCUGACCGUCAUAAGCGUUGAACGUUUUAUCGCUAUAUCAAGACCGUUUGUGUAUACCACUCUUCGACCGCAAGUAUAUAUCGUAUCGAUUAUUACGGUAUGGAGUAUUUCGUUAGUUCUUUCUGGUGUUUACCCAUUGGCUAAGUUAUACCCAAACUACCAGGGCACUCCUUACCUGACCAUCUACACAUUGUCUUUUAUUUUCGUGUUUUUUGUGGCUCCCCUUGUUAUGAUUACAGCGAUGAACGUUGUCAUUUAYGCUAUUAUCAGAAACUUGACCCGCAGUCGACCUGCACGUCACGAACAGGCCGAAAACAGCCCACAGUUUAAUACAAGAAGCUCACUACGUAAAGAAUACAAGACAGCGUUAACGCUGGUGUUAGUUACAGUCCUUUUCUACGCAUCUUGGAUUCCGUUUCUCGUUGUCAGUCUACUUGCAAUGUUUUGCCUUAAUACUUGUCUUCCCUCUGUAGGGACACAAUUGCUACUAAUGGAACUGAUCAAGUGGUUUCAGUACAGUCAGAGCGCUUUUAAUCCUUUGAUUUACGCYUUUCGUGACAGGGAAAUGCGUAUUGCUUUCUAUAGGCUUUUCCUUUGGUUUGGUCGRGGUGCUCGUGUUUCGCCUGAUGCAAACCCCUCUAUCAGCGGCUCUCGCAACAACGCUGCAAUUCUACUACAGCCAGCUUUGAAAGCACCUGCUACAGACCCUCRGCAAGCAUACCGGAAAACAAGCAAUCKUUCGGACCGAGAAUGUGAUCUUAAAGUCCUUACAGAUGAAAACCGCAAUAACCAAAACUAAAACAGGCUUACUAAUGYUAUUUUAAACCAAGCUGAGAGGUAUUUUAUGCUGCCCAAGGUUGUYGUCGAUAUUCUACGUUGAAAUUGUGCCUCAAUUGCAAAGUACAUUGUAUAUUAUCAAAAAGAGAAAUUAUUUAAAACAUUGUUURUUAUGCUUAUAAUGAAAUUUAACUUAACAUUAUAGCUAUCAUAGUUAUAUUGARCUCAUAUGAGAUUCGGCAUACAACACUGAGUGAAGUCCUUAAAAUGAAAUGAAAACCUGACUUUUAAAGUGUGACAGUCAAAGAGACGCAAAAGAAAACAAUAYUAUUAUAGCCAUACCAAGGUAUAUUAGUGUAUGAUAAAGUCAAAUACAAAAGACCGUAAAAUAGUAAUACACUGAUACACCUUAGUGAGAUAUAAUUUCAAUUUUUUCUUUUAUGUCUAUUUGAAUAUCACAAUUUAAUAGYCARAUUUCGUUUCACGGCUUUAAUGAAUUCACUCUAUCUUUYACGGAUUUUUUUUACUUUACUUGGAAACAAUGAACGGUGCUCCGUCAUGCUAACAUGUAGUGAAAAGUUAAAACUUCAUUAUUCUGACAAAACAAUGCGUAACUAUACUGUCCCUGUUGCAAAAAGAUAAUUCUUCCAUCUUGUUCCUGUGAAAUUGGUUGCAGCUGUUCAUGAAUCAAGAUUGGUAUCAAAAUCAGUGUUUUAAUCGCAUUGUUCCGUUUCGUUCAAUCUCUGUGCCGCACAAUAAAUGUUUAACAUUUG